CAUCCCAUGUAAUACCGCCACAUGCAGAAUUUAAACAACCUGCAAACACACAAAAAAGACCGGGUUGUGAAUGCAAGCGGAACUAAUAACAGCGCCUGGAAGUUUACGUACGGAACGAAUUGUCGUUACACACACACCCUGUGAUCAGCUGAGAACCCAUCUGCCCGUGUUCUGCGCGAUUAUAUAUUUUUCUUGGUGAACGAUGCCUAAGAAGAAGACUGGCGCUCGUAAGAAGGCUGAAAGCCGAAAGGUUCGAGAGAAACAGAUUCGAGCCAACAAAGAUAAUGUCGAUGUGGCCAAACAUCCGUGUAACUCAGCCAUGGAAUGUGAUAAGUGUCAAAGGCGCCAAAAGAACAGAGCGUUUUGCUAUUUCUGUGCCAACGUGCAAAAACUUCCCAUGUGUGCACAGUGUGGAAAAACUAAAUGUAUGAAGUCUUCAGAUUGCGUCAUUAAACACCCUGGCGUCUACAGCACUGGGAUGGGGAUGGUGGGGGCCAUAUGUGAUUUCUGUGAAGCCUGGGUGUGCCACGGCAGGAAAUGUUUAAGUACCCACGCCUGCUCCUGCCCCCUUUCAGAUGCAGACUGCAUUGAAUGUGACCGUAAUGUUUGGGAACAUGGUGGUCGAAUUUUCCGUUGCUCCUUUUGCCAAAAUUUCCUGUGCGAGGACGAUCAGUUUGAACACCAGGCGAGCUGUCAGAUCCUGGAGGCAGAGACUUUCAAAUGUUUGUCUUGUAAUCGACUUGGUCAGCAUUCUUGUCUUCGAUGCAAGGCGUGUUUCUGCGACGAUCAUGCCCGCAGCAAAGUCUUCAAGCAAGAGAAAGGCAAGGCUCCACCAUGCCCGAAGUGUGGCCAUGAAACUCAGGAGACCAAAGAUCUGAGCAUGUCCACUCGAACCCAUAAAUUUGGACGUCAGAGUGGCGCUGAUGAUGAUGACGGCGGCUAUGGUGCAUCAGGUUAUAGCUCUUAUUGGAAAAAUGUAGAAAGUGGAGCGGGAUAUGAUGACGAUGAUAUCGAGGAGGACUAUGACUUUGAUGAUGAAGAGGAAGAAGAAGAUGAGGAUGAUGACGAUGAAGAGGAUGAGGAUACUGAAGUUGAAAAAGGGCUCUCAGACCUGAGCUUAGGAGCCAGUUCUGAAAAGGCCCAGUAAAAAUAAAUGGUUUAUAAACAGUGUCAGUGCAGAUGCAGACCUAAACAAAAAGUUAGACAAAACUAGUGAGGUUAGAGUGAUAGUUCACCUAAAAAAAAAUCUGUCAUUAUUUACUCACCCUCAAGUUUUUAUUGAGCUGAAUACAAAGGAAGAUAUUUGUAACUCAGCAUGACAUAGAACCCCAUUGACUUCCAUAGUAGGAAAGAAAAAUACUAAGGAAGUCAGUGGUGCUCAAAAACGAUGUGGUUACAAACAUUGUUCAACAUAUCUUCCUGUGUGUUCAUCAGAACAAAGAAAUGUAUACACGUUUGUAACAACAUGAGGGUAAAUGAUGACAGAAUGUAUUUUUUAAUGAACGAUCCAUUAAACCAGGAGUGGGGAACCCUGGGUCCUGGAGGGCCACUGUCCUGCA